AUGUCGGCCUCGGACCUCGAGACAUGGCUCAAAGAGGAGUCAUCUGAGUCAGCGGGCUGGGACAAGGAUGACGGCUCGGGAGAGACAAUCGGGCACGAGAGCGGACGUAAGAUCAUCGAUAUUUUACAGAAGAAUCCAGAUAAAGAUCCGCAGAAAUACGGACAGGACGACAUCGACCACAUGCGCCGCGUCGUCGCGUACUGUAAGCGGCAUCUUGCGCAGGAGGACAUGGCGAAACGGGAUCCGGGGAGUAAGAGUGAUAGGAGCUUGAAGAAUUGGGGACAUGAUCCUAUGAGGGAGGAGGAGGCGGCGGCGGGUUGUGGGCGGGUGGAUGGUGGGUUUAUUGGCUGGGAGUGGAUCCGCACUUAA